UAACCCUGCCCUCAAUAUCUCCGUCAUUGUCGGCCAGAUUUUGUGCGGAAACGGCGCCCCUUUGUGUGCCGACUGAAACAAGAAGUGAUGGAGUCGCCGGUUACUAUACAUCGAGAGUUCCUCGAAAGAAAGACACGUGUCAGCGUUCAGUGUUUGUUUGCAUGAGCCGGAGGGCUGUUUCUGGAGCGGCUGGUUGCUCCAGUCUGCCUUCAUUUUAUCGCAGGGCUUGCUUCUUGUUGAAGUUGACUCAGUUAUUUGACAUUGAACACAAUCCAAAGGUUUCCCCUACGCUGUCACUGACGUUUACUGCUAACAGCGUCUGUAAGAUGGAUUCUGCAUGGCGAAGUGUUCUGUCUGUGCACCAGAGGAUAGUCGACAGUGGAGACAAGAGAACAGACCCCUGGCUGUUGGUCUACUCCCCAGUCCCGGUGACGCUUAUCUUCCUGGUUUAUCUGUUUGUAAUCUGGGCCGGGCCACGCCUCAUGAAACGCAGAGAACCCUUUGACCUCAAAGUGGGCCUUAUUGUUUACAAUUUCACCAUGGUUGGCCUGUCUGUGUAUAUGUUCCAUGAGUUCCUGGUUACGUCCUGGCUCUUAAACUACAGCCUCCUGUGUCAGCCUGUAGAUUAUAGCACCAGUCCACUGGCAGUGAGGAUGGCCAGCGUGUGCUGGUGGUUUUUCUUCUCUAAGGUCAUAGAGCUCACUGACACGCUCUUAAUCAUCCUGCGGAAGAAGAACAGUCAGCUGACUUUCCUUCACGUUUACCAUCACAGCACCAUGAUCUUCAACUGGUGGUCGGGAGUCAAGUAUGUGGCGGGUGGACAGUCUUUCUUCAUUGGCCUGAUCAACACCUUUGUCCACACUGUGAUGUACUCUUACUAUGGCCUGGGUGCGAUCGGCCCUCACAUGCAGAAGUACCUGUGGUGGAAACGGUACCUGACGUCUCUGCAGCUGGUGCAGUUUCUACUUGUCCUUGUGCACACAGCGUACAACCUGGUUGCAGAUUGUAACUACCCUGACUCCAUGAACGCAGUGGUUGUUGGUUACUGCAUCACCCUCAUCAUCCUCUUCAGUAACUUUUAUUAUCAGAGCUACCUCAAGAAAAAGAAGCAGAAAUGAGACAUGAGCCAUGUGGCUAGUGUGACACGAAGGGGUUUUAUACAUUAAUACUGCAGUACUUCUCAGUAUCCACUGGAGGGCACAACAAGCUUACAAUCUGAAAAUUUUUCUCAGGGUGCUCAACACACAACUAGAUCUGAAGAAUGAUGUUGCACAAUAGCUUGGGCUAUAAAUGCAUUGGUGUGUUGCAUUUUGUAAGUACUUGUCUCUAUAAAAACAAUAUAA